AUGGCACAGGCCGGAGGCCCCGGGGCCAAAAAGGGUAUUUUGGAACAUCUGGAUAGUGGUGAGGUUGUGGUUGGAGAUGGCAGCUUUCUCAUAACUCUGGAGAAGGGCUACGUGAAGGCUGGGCUCUGGACUCCGGAAGCGGUAGUAGACCAUCCCGAUGCAGUUCGUCAACUUCACAUAGAAUUCUUGAGAGCAGGAUCAAGUGUCAUGCAGACUUUCCCCUUUGCUGCCAGUGAGGACAAUACGGAAAGCAAGUGGGAAGCUGUGAACGCUGCUGCCUGUGACCUUGCCAGGGAAGUGGCUGGCAAGGCUGAUGCUCUGGUAGCUGGGGGGGUCUGCCGGACAUCAGUGUACAGACACCACAAGGAUGAAGCCACAGUUAAAAAACUCUUUCAACUCCAGCUAGAGGUUUUUACAAAGAAAAAUGUGGACAUCUUGAUUGCAGAGUAUUUUGAGCAUGCCGAAGAAGCCAUAUCGGCUGUGGAAGUCUUAAAACAAUCGGGUAAACCUGUGGCAGCUACCAUGUGCAUAGGCCCGGACGGAGACAUGCGUGGGGUGACACCUGGAGAAUGUGCUGUUAAGCUGGUGAAGGCAGGGGCUGCAAUCAUGGGCGUGAACUGCCACUUUGGGCCCAGCACCAGCUUGAAGACAAUGAGGCUCAUGAAGGAGGGCCUACGGACCGCAGGGUGGAAGGCACACCUGAUGGUGCAAUCCCUGGGCUUCCACACCCCUGACUGUGGCAAAGGCGGGUUUGUGGAUCUCCCAGAAUAUCCCUUUGGACUAGAGCCCAGAGUUGCAACCAGAUGGGAUAUUCAAAAAUAUGCCAGAGAGGCCUACAAUCUGGGGGUCAGGUACAUUGGCGGGUGCUGUGGAUUUGAGCCGUACCACAUCAGGGCGAUUGCAGAGGAGCUGGCCCCUGAAAGGGGCUUUUUGCCCCCAGUUUCAGACAAACAUGGUAGUUGGGGAAGUAGCCUUAAUAUGCACACCAAACCCUGGAUUCGAGCCAGGUAGGAAUUGUUUAAUUAACAUUACUAUUUUUCUCUAAUCUCAUUUUAUUUAUUGUUAGAAACACUAUGCAUGCAAUAAAAAUUCAAAAAGUAUAGAGUAUAUAAGAUUAAAAACAAAAGCUGCCCCUCUCCUGAGGGGCAUUACCCAGAGGUAAUGACCUGUUUGCUGCUUGUGUUUUGAAGUCUUAUACCUAAUGUCUGGUUUUAUCAAUUUUAAGCUGUAAUUACUGCUAACCCUUUACAAAGGCUGAAGCAUUUAAAUCACGUAACAUUCCCCUUUUCUCCCUGUUCUACUUUUCCCAAUUUUGAUUUAUUAC